AUGCUAGGCACCCUGCAGCAGCGCCAUAAAAGGCAGGACGUCGAGCAGCCGCCGCUGAGCCCGAAAAAAACGACAACAACGCCAGCGAACAAGGGCGCGAACGCGUUAGCAUUACUAGCCCUCGUCUUCUUCGCGAGCGCCGCGCCCGUCGCGACGCAAUUGGUAAGACGGCCCGACGGCUCGUACCCCUUUGAAGUGGUCGACGUCGUGCUCCGCGCCGAAAUUUUGAAAUUGUGCAUCGCAUCCACUUGCCUCGCGUACGAGCUCCGCGGUCUAGGAGAGACGGAGCGGCGCGAAAGGGCCCCAACGCCAACCACAAAAGGGCUGCUCCUGACGCUCGCGGUCGGCGCGGGCUACCAAGCCCUCAACAUUUUGGGGGGCUUGGCCAUGCGCGUCCUCGACGACCCGACGCUCUUCGCCGUUAUUGUUCAAUCAAAAGUCGUCUGGACGGGCGUGCUGGGCGUCUACGCCUUUGGUAGGCGGCUUUCGCCCGCGCGCGUCUUCUCCUUGGUACUGGUCGCUCUUGGUGCGUCCGUCUGCGCGGCGCCCAAACCUGUGUGGAAAUCAAAUUUCGGGCGCCCCACGCCAUCGACGCGACGUGCCUCCGUAGCUGCGUCUCUCACUGCAUGAUUUCCACGCAGGCCCAAGCCGAACACUGAUGUGGAGAAGGUGCGCACACGAAUAACAGGCUGCCUCCUGGCCGGCGGCGCGGCGCUGCUGUCUGCUAUAUUAACCGUGGCCUGCGAGGCCGUGGUGAAGCGCGGCCGCGCGUCGCUGCACUGGCAGAACCUGCAGCUGUACGUUGUCGGCAUCCUGGUGACGGCGUCGACGCUGACGCGGCCACCAUCAUUGGUGAUCUCCUACGCCAUGGGCGCCCUGAUCGUGCUCGAGGCCUGCAAGGGCCUCGCCAUAUCGUUGGUAUUGAAGCGCACCGACGCCGUCGUGAAGACGCUCGCUACCACAUUAUCGAUCCCGGGCGUCGCGGUCAUGGAGCGCCUCGUCGUGCCGGGCGUCGCGCCGAUGGCGCUGCCCAUGCUAUUGGGCGGCGGCGCCGUCGUGUUGGCGAUCACGGCGUACCACGAGGGCCCCGACGGCCGCGACAAGCCGUUCCUCGCCGCGGCGCUCGGGCUGACGCUGUUCGGGGCCGCGACGCUUGUGGUCGACGCGGGGUGGCCGCGCCGCGAGCUCUUGGGUUCCGAGUCGCCGCCGCCGGACUAA